AUUCAAAUAAUUCUAUAUGCUUAUUAAAAUUCCAACUUGCCCUAGCUGGCUUAUAAAUACCCAUUGAUCACCUAACUCGAUCUCUACUACUACUACAAUUGAGUUAAAUUUUAUAACUACAUAUAUAGUUAGCUCUAUUCCUCUCAUCCUUAUCAUAUAUCUGAUCUAUUAUUAUAUAUUUAUAUAAUAAUAAUGUCAAGGUCAGCAAUACAAACUUUAAGUGUGGCAAGAGUAAUAGGAGAUGUGGUUGACAAUUUCAAUCCUAGUGUAAAAAUGACUGUCAUUUAUAACAACCCUGAUAAGCAAGUUUGUAAUGGCUACGAGUUCAUGCCUUCUAAUAUUUUGUCUAAACCUCGAGUGGAUAUUGGUGGAGAAGAUAUGAGAACAUCUUACACACUCAUUAUGGUAGAUCCAGAUGCUCCAAGCCCUAGUGAUCCCUACUUAAAAGAACACCUUCACUGGAUAGUCACAGACAUUCCAGGUACAACUAGUGUAUCCUUUGGAAAAGAAAUUGUGAGUUAUGAAGCUCCAAAACCGGUGGUGGGGAUUCAUAGGUUUGUAUUCAUCUUACUCAAGCAAAGAGGAAGACAAACUGUGAGAGCACCAGCUUUGAGAGACUGUUUUAACACAAGGACAUUUUCUCAAGACAACAAUCUGGGUCUCCCCGUGGCUAUUGUAUACUUCAAUGCACAAAGAGAAACUGCUGCUAGAUCAAGAAGAAGCAAUUAAUUAACUAUAUGCCCUGCCAAUAAUGGCAUAUAUAAUAAGAAAGAGAAAAUUAAAAUAGUAUUAGUUUUCUUUUUCCUCGCACGGUUAAUCUCUUAUUAUUAAGAGUAGUGUCUUAUUAAGUGAAAAUAUCAGUGCAUUUGAUGUUCUUAUAAUUUACUAGUUUUAUUAUGAUGAUUGGUGAUGUAGUUAUAAUUUGUAAGGGAACAGCUCUUAAGGGUUUGUUCUUUUUAUCUUAUCAUGUUGUUGGAAUAAUUAAUGUGCUUUUUAUGUUCUAGUA